AUGGACAAGCGUCAGGUGGAACGAGAGAGCUGGAUAAUGGUGAAGGCCCAGACAGCCUUGAUGUUUUACAGCCACGAGGGACAGCAGCACCUCCUGAACCUCAUCGACACGCCAGUUAGUGCUCAGCUGGGCGUGAUCAUCAAACUGGGAGCCACAGUGGACAUCAAAAUCCUGAUGGCUCGACCAUGCGCCAGGCAGAAAAUCUGCGCUGCGACGAAAGCCCGAAAUGACGCUGUUCUGGGGAGACUGGGACUCCCCGUUCAGGACGUCACCCUGCCAUCACCGCGACCACCACCUUUCCCAAAAAGAAGUAUCAGAUCCCCCCAACGAAGAAGGAGGAACGCCCCUCUUUCAGAUGUUCCUCGUUUCAACACUGAGGUCAUCGACAGACACCAGAGCCCUGGAAGUCUUGAUGAGGAGGACGACUCCUUCUGGGAGAAGGUGCUUCUUGGCAGCCAGAUGGCUGCCCUCAAAUGCAAGGAGGCUCAAAUGGCAGACCGAGACCAGAGCUCAACCUCCUCCCUCAGCUCCGUUGAUUGCCAAACACCCAGUGAGCUGAGGGCCAUUGCUCUGAUUGAGGAACCAACAACUCCUCCUCCUCCUCCUCCUCGUCGAGCAGUCCCACUGUUCAGGAGAAGAAUGUCUCGUCUGCCUGUGCUUUCAGCCAAACACAGUGGAGCAGAGAAAGAGGUAGCCGAUGGAUGUAGGCUACAAUCGGCUAAAGGGAAAGUUGAGGCUUUUGUGGAGAGAUUGAAAUGCCUCCAGCUCGCCUCCAUCCCUUCACCUCGACCUCCAGCAGCUCCAAAGACGACCCCUGCAGUGACGCCUUUGGCUCCCACCCCUCCAAGAGUUCCCCAGGCCCAGAAACAAGGGACUCGACCCGGGGUGGCCCUGCGUCCCGCAAAAGCCGUCAGCGUGGCAGGCAAGGACACAACCACCGACUGCAGCCCUAAUGCUGCAAAGGAUAAAAAGGUCAAGAACACGGAGCUACAGCCGUUGACCGACCCUGUGCAGAGCCUGUCUGCCUGUUUCAAGCUGCUCUCUUUAGAUGACUGGGAGAAGAAAAUCGACGGCUUGAAAAUCAUUCAGGCUCUUGCACAGCACCACCCAGACACACUGAGGACAAAACUGCAUGAAGUGUGUCUGGUUCUCAUCGAGGAGGUGAACAACUUACGCUCAGCCGUUGCCUGUGAAGCAAUGGACACCUUGGCAGAGCUGUACGUUCACCUUCGAAAGGCCAUGGACCCAGAGGCAGAGGGAACAGGCCGAGCCUUGCUGCUGAAACUGGCACAGACAACAAGUGCCUUCAUUCACCAGCAGGCUAAUCUUGCUCUCGACGCCCUGGUAGACAACUGCAGCCAUGGUCGCAUUGUGAGCGCUCUUUUGAACGCAGGCCUGAGCCAACGAUGUGCUGCAGUCAGAGGCAGCAUGGCUCAACAUCUGCACCAGCUGGCUGACAGCCUGGGAGCAGCUCGCAUCUUGACAGCAGGAAGGACACUCACAGAGCGCUUCCUUCUUGCUGUCUCCAAGAUGUGUAUCGAUGGUGCACCAGAAGUGAGGCACCAUGGACAGAUAGUACUCUUAAAAUUGGCCGACCACAAGGACUUCAUCAAACUGUGGACAAAGAUCGUUCCCGUAAAUGAAAGACCAUCACUGGACAAGAUCUUAAAGAAGGCCAAGAAAUAG